AUGGGACCCCCAAAAAGACAAGCUCAACAUUGCCUCUAUCCAAGAAAGAAGAGCUUCCGAACCGAAGAAGAAUGGACCGUGUUUUUCAUAGGCAGGACAGCUGGUCCAGCUUUUACACAGACCUCAGGAUGGUUUCAGCGCUCUGUUGAGGCGUUAUGGCGGCUCCAGAAGAAACUCCCUGCUGCGCUGGUGCCAGAGUCGUACCCAGGUUAUAAGAAUAUUGAGAUCACAAACUUCAGCAGCAGCUGGGAGGACGGCUUGGCGUUCUGUGCAGUUUAUCACACGUUUUUACCAACUCGCAUCCCGUAUGACACCCUCAACCUGGUGGACAAGAAAGAAAAUCUCGACCUGGCUUUUAAGACAGGAGAGAGUGUAGGAAUCACAGCUACACUGACAGUUGAGGAGAUGCUGAAAUCAGACGGGCCAGACUGGCAGAAGGUCCUGGGUUAUGUUGAAAACAUUUUCCGCCACUUUGAGAUGAUUGUUUUCUGACGCCCAGAUGGAAGAAACUGCACCUUGUAGUCAUCUUAUUGUCUACAUACCAUCUGUUCAGAUCCAAAAAGCUGCUGGG